CUGCCCAGCCCGUGGCCGGCGGGGUGGGAGGGAGCCGCCGGAGUCUACUGGAGCAGGCUGGUGAUGCCAGACGCCUGACAGGAGGCGGACCAAGAGGCCAGCUGUCUCUCUCUCUCUCUCUCUCUCUAUCUCCUCGGUCAGCCCCUCACUUGGGUCCGGCGCCCUCACCUGCUCCUCGGGGGCAGCUGCCUCCUGCGCCUCCGGCCAUGCGGCAGCUAUGGUCGCUGGCCAUCUCUCUCGCCGUGGUACUGGCCGCAGGGCUGAUCAGCGUCUCCGGGGGUGCCGAGGCCCUGGAGCCGCAGAACCGGUCCAAGAGAGGCACAGAGGACGAUGAGGCCAAGGGGGUACAGCAAUAUGUGCCUGAGGAGUGGGCCGAGUACCCCUGGCCCAUGCAUCCUGCUGGCCUGCAGCCCACCAAGCCCUUGGUGGCCACCAGCCCCGACCCAGACAAGGAUGGGGGCACGGCAGACAGCGGCCAGGAGCCUCGGGCCAAUCUGACAGGGAUGCCGGGCCAGAGGCUGCAGAUUCAGAACCCCCUGUACCCGGUAACUGAGAGCUCCUACGGGGCAUACGCCAUCAUGCUCCUGGCCCUGGUGGUGUUCGCCGUGGGCAUCGUGGGAAACCUGUCGGUCAUGUGCGUCGUGUGGCACAGCUACUACCUGAAGAGCGCCUGGAACUCCAUCCUGGCCAGCGUGGCCCUCUGGGAUUUUCUGGUCCUCUUUUUCUGCCUCCCUGUGGUCAUCUUCAAUGAGCUCACCAAGCAGAGGUUGCUGGGCGACGCCUCUUGCCGGGCUGUGCCCUUCAUGGAGGUCACCUCGCUGGGAGUCACCACCUUCAGCCUCUGCGCCCUAGGCAUCGACCGCUUCCACGUAGCCACCAGCACCCUGCCCAAGGUGAGGCCCAUCGAGCGGUGCCAGUCCAUCGUGGCCAAGCUGGCCGUCAUCUGGGUGGGCUCCAUGAUCCUAGCCGUGCCCGAGCUCCUGCUGUGGCAGCUGUCACAGGAGCCCUCCGCCACCGCGGGCACGCUGGACUCGUGCAUAAUGAAGCCGUCGGCCAGCCUGCCCGAGUCGCUCUACUCGCUAGUGAUGACCUACCAGAACGCCCGCAUGUGGUGGUACUUCGGCUGCUACUUCUGCCUGCCCAUCCUCUUCACCGUCACCUGCCAGCUGGUGACGUGGCGGGUGCGGGGCCCUCCGGGGAGGAAGCCCGAGUGCCGCGCCGGCAAGCACGAGCAGUGCGAGAGCCAGCUCAGCAGUACCUUGGUGGGCCUGACAGUGGUCUACGCCCUCUGCACGCUCCCCGAGAACGUCUGCAACAUCGUGGUGGCCUACCUGUCCACGGAGCUGACGCGCCAGACCCUGGACCUCCUGGGCCUCAUCAACCAGUUCUCCACCUUCUUCAAGGGAGCCAUCACGCCCGUGCUCCUGCUGUGCCUCUGCAGGCCGCUGGGCCGGGCCUUCCUGGGCUGCUGCUGCUGCUGCUGCGGGCAGUGCAACGGCCCGGAGGCCUCAGCCGCUGGCGGCUCGGACAGCAAGCUCAAGACCGAGAUGCCUUCCUCCAUCUACUUCCACAAGUCCAGGGAGUCGCCCCCCCUCCUGCCCCUGGGCACACCUUGCUGAGGCCAGGCUCCAGCUGGGGGGCGGAUGGGAGCAGGGGCACGGAGGGGCAGGGAGGGUGCCCCCCCCCACAGCCUGGGUCUGGUGUUUCUGUCCCCAGAGGUCUUGCUUCUCGGCUGUCUUGCCGUCUAGAGGUGGACUUCGUUCCUAUUGCUGGGGUUCAGUUUCAGGUAUGGCAAAGCCCCCUCCCCCAGCAGGAUCACUCUCUGGGGGCUUCCAAACCCUGUUCCAAAUCCACUCGCAGCGGGUGGGUGGUGAUGCUUCCAGGUCCUUAGAACUGCCUAGAAACUCUUAGUCCCCUACCAGCUGGGAGCCAGGACUUCACCUGUCUCUGUCGUGGAAUCUGCUAGACUUUAGUUAGGCCCUCUCUAAGUAGUGUCUCCCUGACACUCACCCAUCCUAGAAUACAGGGCCUUUGGGGGCCAGGCCUGCCUGGGUCUUCUCUGGACCAGAUCUCCCUAGUCUUGGACACCUCCUUUCCCUCCUGUCAACCCCCCCCCCCCCGCUUCCAGAGGAUUUCUCUCUCCUUCCUCUUCCUCCUUUGACCUAUCCUGGGUUGUGCUGUCCCCACCUCCCUUGGUAGGUCCCCCACUAUAGCAGGCCCUGCUUCACAAACAAUAAACUAGGUAGAACUAUCCCUGUGCCCACUGGAGUUUCUUGUGCCACACCCUGACAGUGCCCAGAGGCACCUGGCCCUUCUCCAGGACAGGUGGGACCCUAGGGGGAUUCCUCCUGGCCCCUUUGACCCUGUCUGGCCUGUGGCUGAUAUCCUCCCUGGCCCUACAGCUUUAUGGCUUUUGAGGGGCAGAGUGGAAGGAGGGCUUGGGAAGUGGAGACCAAGUCUUCAUCCUGACACAAACCCGAGCAUCCUUGGGAAGUCAAAAGGCUGCAAACUUGUCUCUUCUGA